AUGGAAAUCAUCCAAGAAGUCCAAUCAGACCCAUCAGGCGUCGACCCAGACCGCAUCCUAAACUACAUCUUCGCCUCCACAGGCCACAGUGUGAACAACCCCCCUCCCCCGGCGGUCAUCAACCAGCUCAAGGCCGACUUCGCUCGCUGGCUCCCCGCCUUUUGCUACCUCAAGCCCGACCUCGAGUACUGCAAGGAAGGCGUCAUCUCUUUCUACUCCUACCGCGUGUCCAUCGUCGCCAACGCCAUCUUUCUUGCUUUGUUCACGUUGUCGUUCUUUUGGUUUGCGUAUACCAUGUACCGCACCCGCCGGGCCAAUAUGUUUAGUGUGGCCAUGAUGUUUGGCAUUGUUUCCGAGAUGGUUGGGUAUACGGGACGCAUCUUGAGCUGGAAGAACCAGUGGAACGAGAAUCCUUUCUUGGUGCAGGUUUGCUGUUUGACUGUUGGUCCGGCGUUCCUUACUGCCGGGAUCUAUCUCUGUCUGAGGCAGAUUGUCACGGCCUUUGGACCGAAGAACUCGAGGAUCCCGCCGACAUGGUACACCAGAAUCUUCAUCCCCUGCGACCUCAUCUCCCUCGCCCUCCAAGCCGUAGGCGGCGCCCUCGCCUCCGUAGCCUCAAAACGCGACCUCCCCACCGCAAAAGGCGACGCCGUCAUGCUCGCAGGUCUCGCCUUCCAAGUCUUCACCAUGUUCGCCUUCAUGCUCGUCGCCGCAGACUUUGCCCUCCGCACCUACCUCGCCUCCCGCCACGCCCACCUCCCCAACCUCUCUUGCGCCCUCAACAACCACCCAGACAUGGUCCGCCUCCGCCGCUCCUGGCGCUUCAAGGGGUUCUUGGGCGCGCUGGUCGUCUCCACCGUCUGUAUCUUCAUCCGCUGCGUUUUCCGUGUCAUCGAACUCAGUGGCGGGUGGACGGGACCCCUUAUGGCGCGCCAGGAUCUAUUCAUCACAUUCGAGGGCGUCAUGAUUGUGAUCUCUGUGGUGGUGUUGAAUGUAUUCCAUCCGGCGCUGUGUAGCUCGCACUUGUUUGAGCCGCCUGUUGAUCGUACUGUUGGUGUGCCCAAGAGGCGGAAGAGGGUGAAUGCGGGACCGAGGUUGGUGAAUUUUGAUUCGUAUGAGAAGAGUCAUGGGAGCUCCAUCGAGACUGCUUAA